CCACAGAGAAAACUGGCCAGUUUUGAAGAAUGAUUCACAUUUUACUGAUCUUUCGACAUAAGGCAGACAUUCGAUUAUUUGACUGAAUUGAGAACUGAACAAGAAGUAAAUAUUGAAUUCCAGCCUUCAUAUACAAAUUUUUUAAUGGCGAUCAUGGACUUGAGAAUAAUGAGAAUAAACUGACUCUAAAAUAAAAUUUAAGGAUGUGUAAAAUGAACUUGGUAAAUCAAUAUGGGUGUGGUUGGAAGGAGAAAAUACCUCCCCUGUUUCGCCCCGUCUGUAUGCAUUCCGGUUCUAACCAUAACCCUAAACUUUCAAUCCAUAAAAGUAGUGUGAAAUCUUGAAUUAGCCAAGUCAGUCAACCAAUCAAUCAUGGAAAAUUAGACAGAUUUUUUAGUCAAUCUAACUCCUUGAAUCCUGGUAGGCAAACCUAAACGUAAUUAACGGUUUGGUUGACCAAGUUAUUCAGAAAAAAUACAAUUAGCAUAUUUUGACAACAGAUCAUAAAUGUAUGAUUGAUAAGUACAUAAAAAGUUAUGGGUUCAAUGAAAUAUGUGAUUAAAAUUGAAAUUUGACUGGUUGAUUCUCAUACUUGUACAAGGUAUUCUAGAUAUGCAAUAAUUCUUAAAGGAAAGUAAAGAUUAUCGGACAUUGAUUCUCGUAAGACAAAAGUUUCUUAAUAUUAAGCAUACCAAUUCUUGUUCUGUUUUUUGUUCCUCUGAGUUCACCCUUCUUCAAUUUGUUCUCUUGAAACUCAACUCAUACUGUAUACACGCUUUGUUGUAUUCUCUCCGUAUUAGAGAUAGCACUGAAUAUAACUAUGAGUUCUUGGAAAUUACUUGCUUUCAUUUUCCUCAACCUGACAAACCUUUUUAGUUCUGUUAAAUCCCAGAAUUAUCCAUGCGGAGAGAAUGGUACUUUCACAGGUAAUAGUACCUACAGCGGAAACCUGAAUAGCCUCCUCUCCUCGGUCUCCUCUAAUAUUGAUACCAAUGGAUUCUACAAUGCCUCCAUGGGAGAAUAUGCUGAUAGAGUCCAUGCCAUUGCGCUCUGUAGAGGAGAUGUUCAAUUCGAUAUUUGUCGUAGUUGUAUCUAUAACGCCACACGCUCUAUCUUACAAUUGUGUCCUUAUCAAAAACAGGCAACAUUUCGAGAUCCACGUAAUUGGUGCAUGCUACGUUAUUCUAAUGAGUACAUAUUCGGAAGACUUGUAACUUUCCCGGACUUCUACACGUGGAACACAAAAAAUGUCACGAGUCCAGAGGAGUUCAACCGGGAUUUGACGACAUUGUUGAACAAUCUACACAGCCAGGCAGCUUAUGGUGGUUCCCUCAAGAAAUUCGCUGCUGCGAAUAGGACUGGACCAGAUUCUUUGACAAUUUAUGGACUUAUGCAGUGCACCCCAGAUUUAGCCUCGGAGGAUUGUAGAGAUUGCCUGAUUCAGGUUAUCCAAGUUAUACCACGGUGUUGUAAUGGGAAACCAAGAUUUGGUAUCUUCACCCCCAGCUGCAUUCUUCAAUAUGAAACCUAUUCGUUUUGUAAUGAUACUCCUCAGCCAGCACCAGCAUCAGCACCACCACCAGCCUUACCAGUACGGGAACCACCAAUACUGGCACCACCAGGAAAUGAUGCUAAUAAAACUCGAACCAUCAUAAUUAAGAUUGUUCCAAUUGUCGUGGGCCUAAUACUUGCUCUUUGCAUUGGCAUCGUCCUAAGAAUGAGACGGAAGAGUAAAACAAAAGAAAUACAUGAAACUGACAAUGAAAGUAGUACUGCUGAAUCCUUCCAAUAUGACUUUAGUACAAUUCGAGCUGCAACAAACAGUUUCUCUGAUGCUAACAAGCUCGGGCAAGGUGGAUUUGGUGUUGUUUACAAGGGAAAACUUCCAAGCAGGGAAGAAAUAGCUGUGAAAAGAUUGUCAAUGAAUUCAGGGCAAGGUGACUUGGAAUUCAAAAAUGAGGUCUUGUUAAUGGCAAGACUUCACCAUAGGAAUCUAGUUAGACUAUUGGGAUUCUCACUAGAGAGAAGCGAGAGGCUUCUUGUCUAUGAAUUUGUUGAGAAUGGGAGCCUCGAUUGUUUCAUUUUCGAUCCUAUCAAGCGUCAAUAUUUGGAUUGGGACACGCGCUACAAAAUCAUGGGGGGUGUUGCUAAGGGGCUUCUUUAUCUGCAUGAUGAAUCUCGACUACGAAUCAUUCACCGUGAUCUCAAAGCAAGCAAUGUCUUAUUAGACAGCAAGAUGAAUCCCAAAAUAUCAGAUUUUGGCAUGGCAAGGUUAAUUGUCCAAGAUGAAACUCAAGGCAGUACCAGCAGGAUUGUAGGAACCUAUGGAUAUAUGGCACCCGAGUACGUAAUUCACGGACAAUUCUCUAGUAAAUCUGAUGUCUUCAGCUUUGGUGUCCUUGUUUUGGAAAUUGUAAGUGGUAAGAAAGCCAAUAGUUUCCAAUCCGGGGAGAAUAUGGAGAACCUCUUAAGUUGUGCUUGGAAAAAUUGGCACAAAGGGACAACUGCACAAAUAAUAGAUUCUGCACUAAGGACUUCUACUGGAUCCUUGUGUGACAUUAUGCGAUGCAUUCAUAUUGGUUUGUUAUGUGUUCAAGAGAAACCAGUUGAUAGGCCUACCAUGGCAAAAAUAGUUCUCAUGCUUACAAGCUUCUCUGUAACCCUGCCAAUACCUUCACGGCCUGCAUUUUUUUUGUCUAGUAGCUCCGAUCCAGAAAUUCCUCUUCUCCAGGAACAAAAUUCAAGACCAAUAGAGGUCGCAGAAUCAUCAAAGUAUAGAUCAGGUAAUUCUACUGAUGCAUCUAUAAAUGAUGUCUCAAUGAGUGAUUUGUAUCCUCGGUGAGUUACAAUAAUAAGCAUAUUCAUCAUUACACUUCUUCUUGUUUCA